AUGGACCAGAUGGCAGAUGAAAUGACUCUGAGAGCCGAUGUGAAAGACAAAGGGAGAGUAAACAGUGCUGAGGAGAGCUCUACGUGGGUGAGAGGAGAAAGGAUGCAAAGUGAGGCUCAAGGCAGCGACUGGAGACUUGGUGCCUCUGCAGACACUGAGCCUGGGGACACCGGUAAAGACACAGACACUCAGCGGCCUAGAGAGUGUGACAGCUCCUCUUCCCCUCUGUUCUCUUUGAAAAUGUACCUGAGGAGGUCUUCCUCCACAGCAUCCUCAGGCACAGACUCUCUGUCUUCUUCUCAGCAAAGCAACUUGGGAGUUGACUGUGCAGGAAUUGUCCUGAACUGUCUCUUCUGCCGGUUCUAUGAUAUGAUCCUCAUGCUACCUGACUCCUGUGAGAGAGCUGUCAAUCGCUGCUGCCCCACCUACAAACAAGUCAUCACCGCUAUGGAGUCUGCGUCCAGCAGUAAUGAUGAGUCCCGCAAGGACUGGGACUGUGGUCUGUUCAAUUCCUGUCAUGAUGCGAGUGACUGCCUGGAGUUGGCUAUGGAGAUUUCUGAGUUAUGCUAUCACUAG